AUGUCUCCUGCGUCAAAAAGCAAUGAUGACAUGCCACAUCUUCCUCCCAUCUCUGCUAUUGAUGAGUGCCUUCCAAACCGAACGUGGCAACCUCCAACAUCAUCUUCUUCAGCAGCACCAUCACAACAAUCAUCACCAUCCACAUCAUCUUAUUCUCUAAACAGCAAUAGCAAUAGCAGCAAUAGCAGCAGCAGCACACCACACUAUCCACAACACUAUGCCACCACCACCACUACCACCAUCCCUUUACACCCACAAGCGACACGUGCAUGGACCAUGUCUUCACGACAAAAUGAGAAUCAUCAAGUGGCCAAUCAUCCCGAUCUUCCUCAGAUCAUCCAUCACUGCCAGCACAUUUGCGACAGCAUCAUUGCCCAACAAAGAAAUCAAGAUGUUGGCGAUCCCAGACCGUGGUUGGAUGAAUUGAUUGGUCGUGCUAAUGAGAUCCUCAAUGCACUAUUGAAUUUACGCAAGCAGCAAGCCAGUUUGCCUGUUACAAUGGCUAAAAGUAGUAGUAGACCCUCUUCGCCAACACCAACAUCAUCAUCGUCCACUGCUGUGAUACCAUCAUCAUGGCAAUCUCAUUCGAUUCAUCGAUUGCGUCAACAACGUAGACGAGGGAGGGCAACUGCCUUUCAGGGUCGGUGCCAUUCCUGUAACAUUUCAGAAACGCCCGAGUGGCGAAGGGGCCCGGAUGGUGCGCGUACACUUUGCAAUGCUUGUGGUUUACAUUAUGCCAAGAUUACUCGCAAGAAAGCUACAGCUAAUACUAGUUCUUCAUCUUCCUCAUCGCCAUCAUUAUCAUCCACCACGCAACAACAACAACAACAACAUCGGUGA